UCAUAAAAUUCAAUCAUGGAGAGCACAGACUCUUCAACCACCAGCUCACUACAGCAACAACAACAACAACAACAACAACAACAACAACAACACCAGCAACCACAACUCCCUCCAGGUUUCCGAUUCCACCCAACAGAUGAAGAACUUGUGGUUCACUACCUGAAGAAAAAAGCAUCUUCUGUACCUCUCCCUGUUACCAUCAUCGCUGAAGUCGAUCUCUAUAAGUUCGAUCCAUGGGAGCUCCCAGGUAAGGCAACGUUUGGGGAACAAGAAUGGUACUUCUUUAGUCCCAGAGACCGGAAAUAUCCAAAUGGGGCAAGGCCUAAUCGUGCUGCAACAUCUGGGUAUUGGAAAGCUACCGGCACCGAUAAACCUAUAUUAACCGGCGGUGGAACUCAGAAGGUCGGAGUGAAGAAAGCCCUUGUUUUCUAUGGCGGGAAACCCCCUAAAGGUAUUAAAACCAAUUGGAUCAUGCAUGAAUACAGGCUUACAGAUAACACUAACAACAACAACAAUAAGCCUCCUGGUGUUGAUAUAGCCAACAAGAAGAGCUCCUUAAGGCUUGAUGAUUGGGUGUUAUGCCGGAUAUAUAAGAAGAACAAUUCAAAUAGAGCCAUGGAGAAAGAAGAUUCAAUAGAUGACUUGUUUGCAUCACUGCAACCACAACAACAGAACCCACCAAGGCCACCUUCUCAUCACAAGUCCACCACCAACUUUGGUGCUUUGCUUGAGAAUGAAGGGAAUCUCUUAGAAGAUUUAUUAACAGAGGGUGCUGGAAUCAACAAUAGCUCUAUGCUUCAACUAGCUUCAUCAUCUAUCUCAAAGUCAGAACUCUCAAUGGUUCCACUCCCUCUGAAACGCAAUCUCCCACCACCCUAUUGGAACGACGUCGAAACUACUCCGGCGAAGAGAUUCCACACCAAUAAUACCAGCAGCAACAGCGGUGGCGGCGGCGGAACUACCUGCACCAAUACUGAUGGAAACAAUCAGAUUGCAACUUUACUCAACCAACUCCCACAUGCAGCUUCUUCAUUCCAUCAACACUCACUUCUUGGAUCACUAACUGAUGGUGUUUUCCGGCAGCCUUACCAACUCCCUGGCAUGAAUUGGAACUCUUAGUUAGUAAUCAGUAUGGGGGCU